AUGGCCACCAUUCUCGUCACCGGUGCCACCGGCAAACAGGGAGGCGCUCUCAUCAAAAGUCUGAUCACGAAGAAUGCGCCCUUCAAGAUCCUUGCGGUGACCCGCAACCCGCAAUCUGCCUCCGCGCAGAAGCUCCUCAACGAAUCAAAGAACAUCACCCUCGUGCAGGGUGAUCUAGACAACCCGAGCGACAUUUUCAAGAAUGCACAGAGCCAGACAUCAGAGCCCAUCUGGGGUGUAUUCAGUGUUCAAGCAGCGAUGGGAACCAAGGUACCGGAAGAUGUACAGGGCAAGACUCUCAUCGAUGAAGCUCUCAAACACGGCGUCAAGCACUUCGUCUAUACCUCGGUUGACCGCCACGGCGCAAAGUCCAUUGACAACCCGACCAACGUCCCUCAUUUCAUUCGCAAACAUGAAAUCGAGAAACAUCUGAUAGAAAAGACUAAAGACGGCCAAAUGGACUGGACUAUCCUGCGCCCGACUGCUUUCUACGACAACCUCACGCCCAAUUUCUUUGGCAGGUUCUUCUCGACGUGCUUCAAGAUGUCACUGAAGGGCAAACCGUUGCAGUUGGUCGCUUGCAGUGAUAUCGGCGCCGUCGCAGCAGAGGUUUUCCUGCAUGCGGAGGAUUACAAGGGCCGUGCUAUCUCUCUCGCGGGCGAUGAGUUGACCUAUGAUCAAUUUGCGCAGAUCUUCAAGGAGAAAACAGGACAGACCAUGCCGACUACAUUUACUUUCCUAUGCUGGGUCAUGGUGACGAUGGUCAAGGAUAUGGGAUACAUGCUCAAGUGGUUCCAUGAUGAAGGAUACAAGGCGGAUAUCGAGGAAGUCAGGAAGAUCCAUCCAGGGCUCAAAGACUUUGGAACUUGGUUGGAGACGGAGAGUCAGUUUAAGAAGCAAUGA